AUGCGACUCAUCAGCGUGACAGAAUACAGCUCAGCUCUUGCUGUGACUAGUCUUGAAGUGGCAUAUCUCGGCCUUUGCCUCGUCCUUGCUAGAUACUAUCCUGAGUUACUUUCGAAAGGUAGAUACUGUUUGCUAAAGGUCGCCUUCUUCGUUCACCCCCUUGUGUCGGCUGCAUUUAUCUCCGCAUUUUUUAUCACACGUCAGAGGGCAGACACAUAUUUGCCCUCAUAUGUGCUUUUCUGCGCCUGGUCGCUUAUCAAUGGAGCUUGCCUUGGGGCAGAAAUUGCUUAUUUGUGGCUUUUCAUACUUCCUUUGAAGGGUGCCAGGAAAUUCGCUGUCAUAGCAUCUGCCUGCGUGCUCAUCGCCACUGUUCUGAUUGCCGGGCUUUGGAGCUCUGUUACCACGCAAAGGCAAUGGCUUUGGGUUUUCAUUUCGCUCUCAAGCGGAGCCUUGACACUGACAGGUGUUUUCUUCACCAACGAUGCGGCUUCAAUCCAUGCACGCUAUCGACGACACUGGGGCUACCUAACACUACCAGCCGUCUUAGGCGUCGUGCUAGGCCUUGUGGCUGCUUUUGUGCCUGCUGAGAAGGCACCCCUUUUACAACAUGUACAGUACGGCUGUCAGUCAAUGAUUGGUCUCCUGAACGCAUACCUCAUUCAGGUCAUGGGGGCGGUAUCCGCACACAGCUCCAGAACACAAGCCAAGGAGACGAGUCGAGCUCCACGGUGGGAUGGAAUUUCCCCUCAACACGUGCAGUCCCGUCAGAGCUCGAUCACAAACUGUAUGAGUCUAGAAGAUAUUAGUACUGCGGAUCUUGAAAGUCUGGUAAGGGAUGGUGACCUGGAUGGAUCGGAGGAGAGCGAGGGAUGGGAGCCACGGCCGGAUAGUUUGACCCUACCAGGAACAAUUUAA